AGGAAACGCAGCACGAGGAGGAGAAAGUCUCUCCGUUGGCUCUCGCUUUCUUGCAAGUUCUGCAUCCUGGUGUGCUUUUUGCAUCGGGAUUGCACACUGUGGCCAGCUGCGCGCGGGCGUGCCGUGCAGCCCACGAAGCGACGCAGAAGGCUGAUCUGUGGCAGUCUCAUACUCUUGGUACAUGCAGUCGGUGGUCCUUGCCGGUGCCGGUGGCAAAGAAAAUUUCUUGGCAGAAGGAGUUCCUUCGUUUGUUGAGGCCGCGUUGCAAAGGCAUUUAUGUUGCCGAGUGCGGCUUUCAACGAUGGGUUCGCGUUGGUCAUCAUACGGAUUUGCGCAAGAACUCUGCACAGCUAGCAGCUUAUGGAGGUCGAGGGGGCCAGGCAGAAUGGGUGAGCUACCGCAGAUACCUGCGACUACUGCCGCAGGACGAAGAGGGCAAACUUCGUGCUAUGGUCCUGCAAGACCCCUGCCCACGUUUUGCUGCUGAACAAGUAUUGACGGCCGGCCUGGAUUUUGCAACGCAUUGCAAUCCAGUUAAGUCGGAAGGCCUUCCUGAGGGAGCAGUGCCUCACGCUGCUGACGCAGACCGUGUACGCAAGCGAGUUUGUGUUGGUGAGUACAGCUUUGACCGCCACAACGGGAGGAUUCUGGUGAUAUACACCGCAGUUGAUGGAGAGUACCGGCUGACAUUUUCAUUGAAGCAUGGGGAGCUACGAGGAUGUUCAGAUUGUCUGACCUGGGAGCACUACGAAAUGGAAGAUCAAACCCGUGGAGAACUGGUACCUUUCAGUCUUGGGCGAUUGCCCGACUGGAAAGGUGGAGGAUUGGAAGAUGAGGGCAAGGACCAUUUUCCUCAGAUGAAUUUUCGACCCAAGGUUGCUCUAGAGCAUUUGGUUUGAGUCACUCAAUGUCAUGCAUC